AUUCUCAUUCACUUCAUGGGCAUUUGUUUGUUGCGCAGUGCGCUGUUUGCGCAGACACACUGUAGUGAGUGCUGACGUCUUUUGACAAUUAAAUAUUAUAAAUUCGAAAUACCUAUAGCAGCUGCUAUUCUAAAUUGAUCGUAACUUAUGAAAGUUUCUAUUUAGUUCAACAAUGUUUUCGGGAGUGUAGACAUUAACCGUGCCGUGGCUCAAAAGCCAUAAGAGAAACUAUUUGUGUAAACUCAACAAGGCAAAACGCAACAGUCAGUACUGUUACUAAGUGACGUAACUAGAUCAAUUUGCGAAACGCGAAUGCGAGUACUCUCUGUUUGUAGACUGUAGCGUCGGUGUCUUUGUGCGAAUGGUGUCGACUGUCGAGUAAUUUGACUAAGGAGUCAUCAUGUGGGAAGUUGAUUCUGACACGGGAUCUCAGAGCGCAUCGUCGGACGGCGUUCGACGACGGCAAGGAUGGGACCCCGAGGCCGAGAGUCUUGCUUCUCAUAUCGACGAACUGGACGAGGUGCUAGCCGAAGAGGAGGAAGGAUGUCCACUUCCGUCUACACCCGAAGAUCAACAUUUACUAGACGCGGAAAUGGCGGAAGUAUUGAAGGCUGGCGUGCUGUCGGAUGAGAUUGACCUCGGAGCGCUCGCUCACAACGCCGCCGGGCAAGCUGAGGAGUUCGUCCGCAAGGUUUGGGAAGCCUCAUGGAACGUAUGCCACUUCAGACAUCUCCCUCGCUGGUUGCAAGACAAUGAUUACCUACAUAAAGGUCAUAGACCCCCUCUGCCGUCAUUCAGCGCGUGUUUCGCCUCGAUAUUUCGUAUACACACUGAAACUGGUAAUAUUUGGACUCAUUUACUUGGCUGUGUAGCGUUUAUCGGUGUUGCAGCAUAUUUCCUUACGCGACCUUCUAUUGAGAUUCAAAUGCAAGAGAAAAUGAUCUUUGGGGUGUUUUUUGUGGGUGCUAUAGUGUGUCUUGGUUUCUCAUUUGCUUACCAUACAUUGUACUGUCACUCUGAGAUGGUAGGCAAGUUGUUUUCGAAACUAGAUUACUGUGGCAUAGCCCUUCUUAUAAUGGGCUCAUUUGUUCCUUGGUUAUAUUACAGCUUUUACUGCCAUUAUAGACCGAAAAUUAUUUAUUUAUCUGUAGUGGUUGUUUUGGGUAUAUUAUCAAUUAUAGUAUCACUAUGGGAUAGAUUUUCUGAGCCUAGAUUGAGACCUCUUAGAGCAGGUGUUUUUAUGGGAUUUGGGCUAUCUGGUGUAGUUCCUGCUAUUCAUUAUGGUGUAACGGAAGGAUGGUUUAGCCAAGUGAGUAAAGCCUCGCUUGGGUGGCUUGUACUAAUGGGCUUACUAUACAUUCUGGGAGCUAUGUUCUAUGCAUUGAGAGUCCCAGAGCGUUGGUUCCCUGGGAAGUGUGACAUCUGGUUCCAAUCUCAUCAAAUAUUCCAUGUUCUGGUGAUUGUCGCCGCCUUUGUGCAUUACCAUGGUAUCAGUGAACUUGCAUCCUAUAGAGUGACUGUUGGAGAAUGUUCUAUGCCUCCUUCCUCAAUAGCAUUCUAACCAAAUCUAAUACCAAAUGUGAUAGUAGAUUAUAAUUAAGGUAUAAAAACAAAUUUUUCAAUAGAUCCACAAUGUUUAUUACUUUGAUAUUUUUUACACAGUUUUUUUACGGAAACUGCGCAUCUUGUUAUAUUAAAUUGGCUGACAAAAGGGGUGAGAGGUGGUAUAGAGAAAGAACUUUAAAUACAAUUAUUUAUUUUUUUAGAGAUUUAGUAGAAUAUUGCCUACAUCACAUUUUGUACAGCUGUGACCAGAUGAUGGAUAUACUUCCAUAUAUACAUAUGUAUGGAAAAUUGUAAAAUACCUGGCUGAUUGGUAACACCCCCUUGCUAGUUUUUGUUGCUGUGGGCAGUAAUUAUUUAUGUACUUGGUAAGUUUUUAUCUGGUUGCGGCAUAAACAUGAAUAAAUGAAGUACUUAUCAUGUAGGUAUGUUGCACUAAUUAUAAUAUUACAUAUAGUUGACCACAUACUUUCUUAAAGCAGUGAAGAAUCUCCUGUUUAUACUUUGUUUACUUUUACACAAGUUCAUUGUAAUCAAUUACAAAAUACAUUCCAAAUAUUCUGAAUUUAGGAACUAUGUUAGAGUCCAUCUCAUGAAAGAAAAUAAAAGUUAGAAGAAUCAUUAUUGAUAUUUUAUGGGAAUCAAAAUUUGUAGAGAGCAAAGAGUAUAUACAAUCAUGGACCUAGCAACAUUUCUUCGCAUGACUGCAGCGCCACAUCUGUGUGAAAUGGACUCUACUAUAACUUGUUGCUGUAGAAUGAAUACCUCAUAUGUCAAAAAUAUUUUUUUUUAAAUAAUACUUGAAUGGAAACUGUUUUAUAAUGGACCAUGCAAAUAUGAAGCCAAUUAACUUACUCUUAGUGCUAUCUUUUAAUUAUACCCUCUUAGUUCUUAACCAUCUCGUUAAUUUCGUGUAAAUUUUAAAUUUCUUGACUUAUAAUAUAUAAUCUUAUAUAUAUUACUACAGCAACAAUAUUGUUUUAACAUUGAAUUUUAUAAUUACAAGAAUAAAAAUGGCAUUGAAAGCAAUCUAUAAACAAUAUUUUAUGAAAUUAACUAUGGAAGGUGUCUUAAAAUUUUGUUUAAAUAAGAAUAUUUAAAGAGAACUUUAAAUACAUUUUUUAUUUUAUUUAUUACUGUCAAUGUAUAAGUAAAAAAAAAUUGUUUAUUUAUUUUUCUAUUCCUUGUAAAUAUAUGUACAACAAAUUUAAAUAAAUAAAUGGUCAUAUUUUUAGAUGUGUGGAAAAUAUUAUAUUCGAAAUUAUUGUAUGUGUUCAUAUGUGUUGAUUAUAAUAAGGAAAUAAAAAUGAAUAUACUUAGCUGUCAGGGAUGAGUAAAAAAAGGGCAAAUGAAGAAAAAUAACAAAAAAAUGAUGAAGAUGUGAUGUAAUUAUUUUUAAUGGUUUUGAUUUUAAUAAUUUGGCUUUAUUGUAUUGCUAAUAGUAAGUAAUGGCACCGACAAACCUGAUUUUUAUUUCAUCCUGUUAUAGUUACUGUAACAAAAAUGUUAAUACAUACCUCAAAAGAUAAACACAACCAGUCAUGACUGAUUAAGACAAUAUUUAUUCAAAUAACAUCAUUUGUCAGUGUUUUUUCAAUUAUUUGAUGUCUAUUAACAACCACUUUCAAUAUUCAGUUUUAAUAUCCUAAUAACCUGCCAAUCAUAAAUUUCAAUAUGGUGAUCUUAAUUUAACUUGAUUAUUAUUGAAUAUGGUUGUUAAGCUAUUAAUUAAUUACUUUUCUAAAUUCACAACAGUGAUUAAGUUAGGCUUAGGUUUAGGUCAAUGUUAACGGCCAUUUAAUUACUUUGCUAGCUGUAAUUUAAUUAUAAUUUGCUAAAUAGAUAUUAGGGAUUAGUCUGGAAUGUUGUUAAAUUCUUGUUUCUUAAGGGAUUAUAUCUGAUUAAGUAAUUAAAUAUUUUUAAAAAUGUAAA